CUACAUAAAAUGGUAUAUUAUUAUAUCCUUUGCCCACCCAAGAUCAGGUUACAACUUUAAGCUAGCCGAUUUCUCCAACAUUUACUGUUUUAACUCCCUACUAUACCCCUAUAUCUCCUUGACAAAGAGAUGGAAAACCCUCAGAGAUCUGCUGAAGACCAGACAAGGAAUGGCCCAUCCAGUGCUGUUGCUGGCGAUCGUCUCAGCUCGCCUAGACGCCGGCUCAAUGAAUUGCUAGACGGGCCUCCUGCCCAGCCCCACAGACCAACUCCCAGCAGACCCUGGGUUCUGAGAGAUUGUUUCGAAACACCACAACCAAAACAUGACAAACAGACUAAAAAUGAUAUGAAAGAUUUCUUCCAGAAUGUGGGAGCAACUGCAACACUCGGGGCGUCGAUCACGUUUGUUCUCAUUACCGUCGAGUUAAAGGAUCCGCAAGAAGUUUCUCAGAAACACUGCUUUUCGUCAGAAACCGUCCGCGUGUUUCUCUCAGUUAGCUGGCUCCUUUUUAUGAUAACUUUAGCGUGCUCAUUCUGGUUUUCUAGGUUGGGCAUCAUGACAGUGUACUCUAUGCUCUGUAUAUACUGGUACACUCUGCCGUCAUAUUGUUGGGGUUAGUGGUCGCCGCAUAUGUUGAAAGCGUGGGAUUUCUUGCUGUAGCCCUGUGUGGAGUGAGUAUUUUUGGGGCCAUUGUAGCCAUUUGCUUCCAAGGUCUGCGUGGAGCGAUCUUCACUGCCGGUCCCAUGCGCAGAGGCGAGCCAUUCUAGUUCUAGCAUUCCCGGGUUCGUUCGAGAGACAAAAAAGACAUACACUGAGGUGUCACCGGUUUUGACUCUUGGGUUUUCAUGGACAUUAAUAGUAAAUUCAACUUAGAUGUAUUGGAAGCUUAAGUUAUAUUUUACAUUUUAUCCUUAAAGUGCC